AUGAUUCAAGCAGACUCAGAAACCACAGCCAAUGGCAAUGGCAGCUCUCAAGUGAAGACCGAAGAUACUGCACAAUUCAUCAAGUUACCAGAUACUGCUUCUUACCCAACCGGAAGUUUGGACUUCUUGGUCAAGUUGAGGAAGGAACAAGCACAACAAGAGGCAAUGGAGAAGCUAUCCUUACAUGACCGGAGAGACAAGCCAUCACGACUAAGCCUCAAGAUUGUCAUUGUGGGCGCCGGUCUCGGUGGGCUGGCAGCAGCCAUCGCCUUGGCUAGGAAAGGCCACAAAGUGACCGUGGUUGAGCAAGCCCCAUUUUUAGCAGAGGUUGGUGCUGGUAUUCAGAUCCCGUCGAACUCGAGUCGACUCCUGAUCAAAUGGGGCUUGAAACCCUAUCUUGCCGCCAAAGUCGUGACGCCUGAGAGCAUAGCAUUUAAACGCUGGCAAAAUGGCGAUGUCAUUGCACUUACGAAACUCGUGCCAGAGUUCCAGGAGAACUUUGAUGCUCCGUACUAUGUCGUUCACCGAGCACAUUUCCACGAUGCUUUGUAUCAACUGGCACUGGAGCUGGGUGUGGAUGUCAUUUUAAACUCCAAAGUGAACAACUACGACGAAAAUGCGCCAUCAGUCACCGUCGAAGAUGGCAAGACAUAUACCGGAGACCUGGUCAUCUGUUCCGAUGGCGUUAAGUCCAUCGGAAGGAGUAAAGUCCUCGCUGGUGUCGAUCAGGCUCCCUUGCGGACAGGCUUCGCCGCAUACAGAGCCACUGUCGACGUCGAGAAGAUGAAAGCCCAUCCGGACACGGCCAAGCUGUUGUUGGUUCCCGGCCUCAACUUGUGGAUUGGAGAAAUGCGACACGUGAUGACCUACACCAUCUCCGGUGGCAAGGCGUUCAAUAUGGUCUUGUCACAUCCCGACCGCUCGGACCCCGCAGGCUGGGUCAAACAAAGCCCAGAAAACAUCCUCUCCCAGAUGCGAGAACACUUCAACGGCUGGGACCCGACACUCACCAAGAUCAUCGACAUGAUCGACACAACCCUGAAGUGGCCUCUCCUGAGCGGUACACCACUGAAGAGCUGGGUGGCCUCCUCGAACAAACUCCUGAUCAUGGGCGAUGCCGCUCACGCCAUGGUGCCAUACAUGUCCCAAGGCGCAGCCAUGGCCGUCGAAGAUGCAGCAGCACUGGCCGAAGCGAUCGACCUCGUCGACAAUGCCGCCGAUCUCCCCGAGGCUUUACACAUCUGGGAGUCCGUGCGUAUUUUGCGAACAAGCCAGAUGCAAGAGGCGAGUUUGAUCAACGGUAAGCUGUGGCAUUUCCCGGAUGGCCCGGAACAACGUGCACGAGAUGCCGCAACCAGGGCUGAAGUUGAGGGCCGUCAGUUCACGACGAGUGCCAAUCAGUGGAGUGAUCCGACCACACAGCGAUGGUGCUAUGGCUAUGAUGCCGAGGCUGAAGUGAAGAAGGCUUGGGAUGGUAGAUUGCCCAGCAAAGGUAUAUCGAAUGGUCAUUGA